UGGUCAAUCCUGUAGCCAUCCGCAUGUCUGUGCCUGUUUGCCUUCCAGAGCAAUACUCAUCGUCCGAAGAUGGUCCUUCAGGACCUGAGAACCUGAACGUUAAGUCAUCUAUGCUCCCAUUAAUCUUCUUUUCAACAGCCCCCAGUGUGUUGAAGCAAGAGACUGUUCAAGUAAGAAACGGGCAACUGCUUUUAGUAACAGAGUUUUCUAGUAGUCACCAAAGUGUACUGAACUCCGUUUUGUUUGUCCCUUCACGCCGCUUGUCAACUCCCUUGCUAUCACCCAUCUUGUUUAUGACACUGAUUUUGAAGAAGUCUGACUAUGCGGCGUAUUUCUACUUCAUCGUGUUUGUAGCCCAAAAUUUCCACAAAAUCAGCCGCCCCAUGCUUCGUACAGCUAUUGCACUCGCACGUCUCAUAUGUCUCGCAUAUCACGUGACGUGUUCUGUUUGCUGCGACGACGCUGCGCCUUCCUAGUCUGCGGACAAGGUCAUGGCAAACAACACUCCACAGCUGUAUCUUAAAUUCCAGAGGCAGUGAGCGUGAGCAUCAUCAACCCCA